AAAAUUGAAAGGAUACACCCUCACUAGCUUUUCUGCAUUUUUAAUCCCCUUUUUCAGCAAUUUCAGGUAAUUCGCCGGUUUUUUCAUUUUAUAAAGUUAUCCUCGCUCUUGGAACGAUUAUUCAUCUGGCUGCGUCAGGAAUUCUGGAAAUGAUUUUUUUAAAACAGGUGAAGCUCAGCUACGGUUGCAACUUGAGGAUAACAGCUCCGAGACAACUCCAUUGGCCGCAAAAGGAAAUUUCAAGCAGUUUCCUUUAA